AUGGCAGAUCUUUCAGUUCCUUCUCUUCCCGAAGAGACAGGCCACGUCUUUGUUUUCGGUACCGGUGACACGGGCCAGCUCGGUUUGGGCGACGAAAUGCUUAUUCGAAAGCGCCCAAUGCCUCUCAAAGUCCUCGAUGAUGAGGAAAUUGUCGACGUUGUGUGCGGUGGUAUGCAUACUAUUGCUACUACACGCGAGGGAAGGGUAUGGAGCUGGGGCUGCAAUGACCAAGGUGCGCUUGGCCGUUCGGGCGAAGAAUAUGAGCCUGCCCGCGUAGAAAACCUUGACAACGAGCAUAUUGUCAAAGUUGCAUGCGGUGACUCGGUGACGAUCGCGUUGAACGAUGAAGGCAGAUUAUUCUGCUGGGGCACAUUUAGAUCAUCCGAAGGUGCACUUGGUUUUUCAAAGGAACAGGAUGUACAGAAGAUCCCUGCUGUGUUCGAGCCACUCUCCAAAGAAACGAUUGUCGACAUUGCGGCUGGUGCUGACCACUGCGUCGCAUUGACGAACGACGGCCGAGUCUACACCUGGGGUAACGGCCAACAAUACCAAUUAGGACGCCGUAUUUCGGAGCGGCAUAAGAAGAACGCCUUGAUGCCAGAGACACUGCGACUGCGCAACAUCAAAGCCAUUGGUGCGGGCGCGUACCACUCGUUCGCACUGAGCCACAACAACGAGCUUUACGUGUGGGGAUUCAACAACUUUCAACAAUGCGGCCUGUGGACCGACGACAACCGGUCCCCGCCAGAUCAGACCAUGCCCACGGUCAUCACCACCCUUGAGGGUCAAGUCAAGCAAGUUGCAGCCGGUGAGCAUCACUCGCUCGUUCUGAUGGAGGACGGCCACGUUUAUGCGUUUGGCCGCGCAGACUCGUCCCAACUGGGCCUGCCUUCUGCGGUGAUCCAGGAGCUGACGCAAGACCAAGGUGCAAACGGCGACACGACCAAGAGUGGAUUCAAGCGUGCGAUCGGCAUGCCUACACGUAUUCCCAACCUCGAAAACGUCAAGGCGAUCUCCAGCUGCAGCAACCACAGUCUUGCAGUCACAAACGAGGGUGUUGGGUACACGUGGGGCUUUGGCGAGACAUCGGCACUAGGCAACGGGUCGGAUGAGGAUGAGGAGGUACCGUGCCAAUUGACGGGACAAAAGUUAGAAGGAUUCAAGGUGCUCCGUGUCGCUGGUGGCGGCCAGCAUUCUGCCAUUGUGGCAACCAACUCCCUGUAA